AUGGAAUCAGAUUCUGGGAGUCAGGAGUUUGCUGUGCCUGCACCUUCAAGUAAGUCAGAAGAAGAGAAUGUGGCAGAUGUUGGAAGCGAGGAGAACUGUGCUGUCAAACAAGCUGCCCUACCUUCUUGCCACAAAGGUUUGGAAAACGCCUAUCUGAAACCUUGCCAGGAAGCCCCCAGAAAGAAACUCUGUGGCUAUUUGCACAAAUAUUCUGGGAAAGCACCGAUAAGGGCCUGGAAGUCUCGUUGGUUCUUUUACGAGGAGAGCAAAUGCCAUUUGCUUUACUACAGGACGGCUCAAGAUGUUAACCCUUUGGGGAGCAUCGACAUCUCCAGUGCUAGCUUUGAUAUCAAGGCUGGAGCCAACGAGGCAGUUUUUGAAAUCAGGACUCCCAGCAAAGAAUUUAUCCUUAAGGCUGUCAGCAAACAAGCCAUGAUGUACUGGUUGCAGCAGUUACAGAUCAAGCGUUGGGAGUUUUGUAAUAACCAGCGUUGGAGUUUGGUAGAGGAUGCUGUGGACGAAGGCCAGUUUAGCUACACUGAAGCAGAACAUGAAUUUUUGCCCCCCGUGAAAACUCCCACCGAUGUGGUUGGCUUAAAGGCAGCUUCUCUACAGUCCCCUGUAUCUUUUCAGAACAUCUCCCUCAAGCAUCCGUGGAUUGAAAUACAAAAUACCGUGCAUAAUCUUCGUGGCAACCGGCAGAACCGAGGAGACUCUGGUGGCACGUUUAAUUUUGAGGAGACCCAAGAAAAUUUUGAAAUCAUAGCUGAGGAAGAGCAUGUGGAAGCAGAAGCUGAGGAGACAGUCAGUACAGAAACCCAAGAAAAUACAAGGAUGAAGAUCAAGCCUUCUUUUAUUCAAAAAACCAAAAAAGGGAACAGUUUCUCUCGCUUUGCGGAAGGGACAGGACAGGACAAAGUAGCUUCUUUUAAGCACCAAAUUUUAGUCCUCACAGAAGAAGUCAAGUCCCAGAAGGAACUGGUUAAACUUCUCCACAAAGCUCUGGAAGCAGCUCAGCAAGAGAAGCGAGAGUCCUGCAGGUACCUGGCCACAGCGAAGGAGAAGGACAGGCUGGAGUUGGUGAGGCACAAAGUCAGGCAGAUUGCAGAGCUGAACAAGCGGGUUGAAGCGCUGGAAACAGAGAGGAAGGAUCUGGAACAUCGGCUUGCUUUGAAGGAAGAGCAUGUCGAGGAACUGCAGGCCCAUGUGCAACUCCUGAUGGACAAGAACCAGGCCAAGCAGCAGGUUGUCCUAAAGCUGACAGAACAACUCACCAAAGAAAUGUCAGAGGAGGCAGAUACCAUUGCUACAGAAACCUUGUACAAGCAGCAGGAAGAGAUUGAACAUUUGAAGGAUGACCUAGAAGCCUAUAAAACGCAGAACCAGUUUUUGAAUUCUGAAAUCCACCAGGUUACUAAAAUCUGGAGCACAGUGGCACAGAGAGAGAAGAUCCUUCUGAUGAAAUGUGCUCGCCUGCAAGCCCACAACUGUCAGAUCGAGAGCAAAUACCUGAUGAUGCUGCGGAAGCUGCAAGGACUGCCGGACUUGGCCAGUGACCAUGUGGAAAUGGUGAAGGGCCUAAUCCAGGAGGCACUGCAGUGGAGCGUGAAGGAGGAAGCCACCGUUCCUGUUCAACAGAGCCCAAUCAAUCAAUACGAUGAGUAUGGGUUUAUGACAGUUCCUGACUAUGAAGCCGAAGAUUGGAAGCUUCUGGCAAAAAUCCAGGCUCUGGAGAUCAAGUCCAGCCACCUCCUGAACCACGAUGCUCUGGAGAAAUCCCUUUCUGAGCGGUGGAAUAACCUUGGGGAACUGCUCCCUUCCUCAGAGUUAAAGAGUCUACUACGCUGUGGAGUGCCAGUCGAGCACCGCCAGAGGGUGUGGAGAUGGAUCAUGAGUCAUCAGGUGCAGCAUAUCCGUUCUCCUGGCCACUACAAGAACUUGCUCAAGCAGUGCGAGGCUGCUGACCAUCCAGCUUCCCGUCAGAUCGAGCUGGAUCUGCCCCGCACGCUGACCAACAACAAACACUUUACAUCACCUACCUCUCAGCUCAUUCCCAAACUCCGAAGGGUUUUGCUGGCAUUCUCCCGGCAAAACCCUACCAUUGGCUACUGCCAGGGAUUGAACAGAUUAGCAGCCAUUGCCCUGUUGGUCCUUGAGGAGGAAGAAAACGCUUUCUGGUGUCUGGUUCACAUUGUUGAGAAUCUGAUGCCUUCGGAUUACUACAGCAACACACUGAUAGGCUCACAGGUUGAUCAAAGAGUCUUCAAAGACUUUUUGUCAGAGAAGCUUCCCAGGCUGACGGCUCACCUGGAGCAGCACCGGAUCGACUUGGCUCUUGUGACCUUCAACUGGUUCCUGGUUGUAUUUGUAGACAGUCUUAUCAGUGACAUUCUCUUCAGGGUCUGGGAUGCCUUUCUGUAUGAAGGGACAAAGGUAAUAUUCCGUUAUGCUUUGGCAAUCUUUAAAUACAAUGAAGAUGCAAUUUUGAGGAUCCAAGACAGCCUGGAAAUUUACCAGUACCUUCGUUUUUUCACCAAAACCAUUGGUGACAGCAGGAAGCUUAUGAAUAUUGCCUUCAGUGACAUGAAUCCGUUUCCCAUGAAGCUGCUUCAAAAUCGGCGGGAAGCGCACAGGUUAAAACUGGAGGCCGAGCUGAGAGAACUGGAGAGGAUAAAAGCGCAGUACAUGAGGGAACAGGCAGAACAUUUGGCCGGUCACCUGGAUGGCACUGUGAGCGAGGAUGAAGAGGAGAGUUAGCUCGUAUUUCUUCCUCUUUGCGUGUCUUCAGAUAUUUAGCCUUCUCGCCGAACAGAAAAGUGGCUGUUGUUUUGUUCAAGGUAAAACCCUUGAGCUCCGAAUGGAGGUCCAUUGGAUUGCCUUUCAGUGUAUCAGACAAUUGUGUACUGUGUACAACUUUACCUACCGAUGCUCUUUCUGGAUGCAGCACAUGGUGUUCUGUGGGCUGGAUGUCACUGUGUUAUAAAAUGUACACUCUGUCUUUCUGGAU